AUGGAGUUCUCUGUGCUUCUCUACAAGAGGUGUACCCUCUGGGAGAGGCUUCUGCUCACAGCCUCCCUUUUAACCUCCUGGCACCUGUCUUCCACUGCCAAUGUGACCAUUGAAUUACUGCCAACUCCAGUGGCUGAAGGAGAUAAUGUCCUUUUCCUCGUCCAAAAUAUGCCAGAGGAAAUAAAAGCUGUAGCCUGGUUCAAAGGGCUGGGAAAUAAGAAACAACAAAUUGCAGUGUAUGUACUGAACGAAAAAUUAAGUAAGCCAGGUCCUAUGCACAGCGGGAGAGAGACAAUAUAUCACAAUGGAUCCCUGCUUCUUGAAAAGGUCACCCAGAAGGAUGCAGGAUUCUAUACCCUACGAACCUAUGAUAGAGGUGGAAAAUUUGUAUCAACAAUAACCAUGUACCUCUACGUGCAAGCUUUCCUUUGGAAGUGCGGACGCCUUGCUACCUCUGACCAGCCCACCAUUGAAUCAGUGCCACGAUGCGUGGCUGAAGGGGGAAAUGUUGUUCUACUCGUUCACAAUCCACCAGAGAAUAUUUUAGGCUUUGUCUGGUUCAAGGGAAGUGCUAACUUCAAGAAUAUUGUGGCCACCCGGUUAAUACAAGAUAUGAAAGCAACUGUGUGGGGACCUGCAUACAGUGGCAGAGAGACAUUGCACAGUGAUGGAUCCCUGCUGCUUAAUCGUGUCACUCAGAAAGACUCUGGAUUGUACACGCUACGAAUCUUGAGAACAGAUGCGGGAAGUGAAUACACACAAGUGCAACUCCAGGUGGACACUCCCCAUUCUCAGUUCUGCAACCCUUUCACUGCUUCCCAACUCAUGAUCCAACCGGUGCCUCGCGAUGCAGCUGAAGGGGAAGAUGUAGUUCUCCAUGUUUAUAAUCUUCCAGAAGAAAUGAAAGCCUUUUCCUGGCACAGAGCAACGUAUAGAGCUCCAACCCUUCAUAUUGUAAAAUACAACAGAGCCACAAAUUCCAUCUCCUGGGGGCCUGAACACAGAAUCAGAAAAACCUUAUACAGUAAUGGAUCUCUGAUACUCCGGGAUCUCACUGAGAAAGAUGCAGGAAUCUACACACUAAUAGUUUUGGGCAAAGAUUUCAAAAUUACAAGACAAUACGGGGAAUUUUUUAUAAAGAAGAAUGUGACACAGCCCUUUGUGCGAAUCACUGACACCACAGUCUCUGGAGGUACAUCUGUGAUCUUCACCUGCAUUUCACCUGACACUGAUGUCUCCAUCCGUUGGAUCUUCAAUGAGAAGAAUCUUCAGCUCACAGAGAGGAUGACUCUGUCUCCUACAAAGUGUGGACUCAAAAUAGAUCCUGUCAGGAGUGAGGAUGCUGGAGAAUACAAGUGUGAGGUCUCCAACCAAGUCAGUUCAAAGACCAGUCUCCCAGUUUCCUGGGGUCAUCAUAAGUGA